AUGUCUUCUUCGGAGACUACCGUGCCCAAGGGGUCUUGGGUCCUUGUCACCGGCGUAAACGGCUGGGUUGGCUCCCACGUAGCUCAGCAGUUCCUCGAGCGUGGGUACAGGGUCCGAGGCACCGUUCGAGACCCCGUGAAGUCGUCAUGGCUCGUCGACAGCCUCUUCAAAUCUUACGCGGACCACGGCGACUUCGAACUCGUCCAGGUUACCGACAUGGCAGAAGAGCAUGCCUUUGAUGCUGUCGUGAAGGGAGUUUCCAUCAUCGAGCAUGUUGCUUCUGUUCUCAGUCUCAAUCCCGACCCCAACAAGGUCAUCCCCACGACGGUGAAGGGCGUCGAAUCUAUCUUGCGGUCGGCCCUCAAGGAGCCAUCGGUCAAAGAAUUCGUCUACACAAGCUCGAUCCUGGCCGCUACAAUGCCCUUGCCUGCUGAGGCGACGCAUGUUGACCGCAAUACGUGGAACGAGACGGCCGUGGAGCUAGCAUGGGGCCCUCCCUCAAGCGAACGUAGCCGCGGCAGCCUGGUCUACAUGGCCAGCAAGGUCGCGGCAGAGAAGGCAUUCUGGGCCUUUGUUGCGGAAAAAAGGCCUCACUUCACGGUCAACGUGAUCAAUCCGGCGCUCAUCUUCGGUGAGCCACUGAACCGGUCUCAGUCCGACUCCCCGGCGUGGUGGCUCAAAAUCCUCUACGACGGCAAGAUCGAUGCCUGUAAAACACUGCCAGCUUUCUUCGGCGUCAACGUCAGGGAUGUCGCGCUGGUCCAUGUUGCGGCCGCACUUGAUCCCGAGGUCCAGGACGCCCGGCUGCAGGCCUGGGGGAACUACACCAACUGGGAUGGCGUCCUUGCCAUUGCGCGGAAGCUUUAUCCCAACCUGAAGUGGGCCGAUGACUUCACCGGCAGUGUGGCUGCCCACUUGACAACGGACGAGACUCAAGUCAUCGGGCUGCUGAAGAAAUGGGGCAAGCAGGACGGAUGGACGCCGCUCGAGGUAACAAUCGGCGAGGGUCUGAAGCCUCUGGUGGCCUGGUACCCGCGUGAGUAG